ACAGCACAGCUUAAAUUGCGCAUCCCUCUGCGGCUACGAAAAAUAAAAAAAUGCAAUCGCACAAAUUGCAACACGACAAACGUUUGCGAGUUAUUUUAUUUUUUUUUUUUUAACCACUUUUUAAGAAUAAGUAAAAAAUUUACGUGACAAUUUUUCACCUCCAAUUGAACUGUUCCCCUUUGAGUUCAGCGAAAUUUACGCAAAAGGUUAAGCACAAAAGGCUAAACACCAAAGGAAGGAAGAAAGAAAGCCCGAAGGUGCCGCUUUCAUUUAAACUACAUUUCACCCCUACGGAUUUGCUAAAGAACUCCCUGCUUUAAACCUCCCUUGGCAAUCAUGGAAGACGCAAACAAACCCAAGAAAAGAACAUUCAGAACGUUCCACUACAGAGGUGUGGAGCUCGACAAGCUACUGGACUUGAGCCAAGACGAAUUGGUUAAACUUUUCCGAGCCAGGCAGAGAAGAAAGUUCAAAAGAGGAAUAAGCAAAAAAGAAAAGUCUCUUUUGAAAAAACUCAGAAAAGCAAAAAAAGAAUGUGAGGUUGGAGAGAAGCCAAGAGCCAUCCCAACUCACUUGAGGAACAUGACGAUCAUUCCCGAGAUGGUUGGCUCCAUUGUCGCUGUGCAUAAUGGCAAACAGUAUAACAACGUGGAAAUAAAACCAGAAAUGAUUGGCUACUACUUGGGCGAAUUUUCCAUUACGUAUAAGCACACGAGACAUGGAAAGCCCGGUAUCGGUGCUACUCACUCGUCCCGUUUCAUCCCGCUGAAGUGAGCGCCCUGGCCCAGGGGGAGAAGAACACGCAUGUAUGCGGCGUUUGGGUAUAUACAUACAUACGUGCGUACAUAUGUACAUAUAUACGCAUACGCGUGUGUGCGCACGUGCCUGCGUUGGAGGCACUCCACGCCGCUACAACAGAGGGGCUGGAACUGCAAAGCGACGAACGCGCGCACUGCGUCGGUUAGCGGAAUCUGAACAGAGAUGGAAAAACCAAGUGAGAACGAACAAACAAACAAACAAACGUGCGUGCGUGAAAAAUGCUUCUUCUCUUUCAUGUACUAGAUCUUUUUUUUUUUUUUUCAUUAUCAAAUUGGUAGAAGCUCCCCAACUUGCAUUUUAAACGCAAAUCUGUAUCGUAAGAAUUUAA